UAGGUUGUUACAUUAUAUAAAUAGCUCUCCAUCUGAUCUCUUUUUGUUCCAUCCUGCAUUACAAAAGCAGUAUCAUCAUACUAUAUGGCUCUUUUUACCAAAACUACUCUUGUCAUUUCAUUUCUAUUGCUCAUUUACAUAACUUCAGUGAGCGGUGGCAGGAAUGGUGGCGUAAAUCAUGCUUACUCUCUCCACAAGGAUGGUUUUAGGAUACACGCAAGGAAGCUUUCGGUACUUGAUGCAGUUUUAGACUAUGACGAUGCCGGAGCCAAUCCAAGGCACGAUCCAAGGAGAGGGAGGGGCGGUGGUAGAAACCCAUAACGUACAGAUCGAGUUUUUUAGCUCAAGAUACACAGCUAGAGAAACUUAAUUUGCUGGUUAUGGCUAGCUCGGAAGAUCGACUAUAUAUAUGAUAAAUAUAUUUGUUUAUGUGUUUUACUACUAUGAAUUAAUAUUUGUAGUUGCCUUUGUGGGCAAAAUAAAUUAAAGGAGUAAAUUGGUACGAGUA